GUUAUCAUUCUGUCCAUGUUUCUGGCAAUGGCAUAUGUCCAUCUCACUCAGCCGUCGUCGUUGCUGGUGGGAUUGUGUUUCUUUUGAUGAUUGAUAACGUUCGAUAACGCGGUGGUCAGUUUUUCGUGCGGUUGUCAAUAUACUAAAUCUUUCGGCUGUGAUUUCAUGUCCAAUAUUGAUACCGAUCUGACAGUUUUUUAAGUCAGUACCGAGCUGGAACUCGUGAAAACCGGAUUCAAACCGAUAAUACGAUCAAAAUAAAUUAGGUUGUUAAUUCUAAGAUCUAAGAACGUAGGUUAAACACUGGAUCAUGUGCAAAUGAAACGACGUAAGAAUAGUUUCGUAAGUCCAUAGUGACUGUUGUAAGCGCGAGCUUCGAGACAAAAAAAAAUUGAAAAUUACGACCUGGUCGGUUGCAGGACACACCGAAAAGUCGUCCAUCUCGGUGAGGUCUGUAACUGUUCCGCUAUCGAAUCUGCAUUUGUACCGAAGUUUUCGUUGCUCAUCUUGGCUGCUGUGAAGCUUGGGGUGCUUUCUGUAAGAAGCGUCGUGGAUAGUUUUGAUUGUAACGACGUUGCACCAGAAAAUUAUGUGAAAUAAUAAGAAAAGUUUACCAGUAUUUUGAUAAAAGUAAAAGUUACUAUAAAGAAAUAAAUUGCAUCACUUUAAAAAAAUGUGGAAAUUGUUAAUGGGUACAAGUGCUUGUAGACUGCUGCAUGUUUAUGUAAUACUCAUUACUUGGAUAGGAGUUUGCUGCAUGGUACCAAAUACUAGACUAAAAGAUGAUUUCACAGACCGAUUCGACGUCGAAUAUGCUGAGCAUAUACCGGAGGCACCUGUCCGUUGGAACGAUAGCACGGUAAACUUCCACCAUGUCGCAUUGGGUGGUGUAACUCCGAUAGAAUUAACGUUGGACGAACGAAUAGAACUGGAGAAACACAUCUGGCACUGGUACCCGUACCGCCGAAUCAAUUUCGAAGUGCUGGAAGAUGGCCGUAAGGUGGAAGUAUUCUGUGAUGAAGGAUCGGCCAUUGACGAACUGCCGGAUGAUAUUUUUACACAGGAGCAGCGACUACAGGGAGCAAUUGUUCUUCACUUCAUCGGUGCAAUCUAUUUCUUCACCAUUCUGGCCUAUGUUGUAAGCGAAUAUUUUCUUCCGUCGGUCGAAUGUAUCUGCGAGGAUUUGAAAUUGACACAGGAUGUCGCAGCGGCCACCUUCAUGGCUAUAGCGGGAAGUACUCCCGAGUUCUUUACCAACACGAUCAGCACAUUCAUCGCAGAAUCCGACAUGGGCCUAGGUACGGUGAUGGGAUCACUGCUGUUUAAUACCUUGGGUGUGGCUGCACUGGCAGGGUUGGCAACCAGAACGCCCGUUCAACUCGACUGGUGGCCACUGACUCGGGACUCGAUCGUAUUCGCUUUUCAUGUGGGUGUUCUGAUUGGCUUUGCCUGGGAUGGUCGUAUCUAUUGGUACGAAGCCAUGGUGCUCGUCAUUCUACUGGCAAACUAUUUUGUUAUUAUGUUCCAAAACAGAAGAAUUAUGAAUUUUGCCAAAAAAUAUAUCGAAGUGAAGUGGAAUUUGUGUGCCCGUGUUGUUCGGGAAAUCGAAGCCACAGAAAAGGCCGAAGCGGAAGCUGCAGCGCAAGCAGAACUGGAAGCCAACGGAGUGAAAUCGAUAACCACUACACCUCGAAUAACGUUGGAAAAACCGAGAACUCGCAUGUCCACUGCUUCCAUUCUGUCUGACCAAAUGGCAGAAACUCCGCUGAAAGUGGGAGAUUUGCAUAUACCAUCCCGUCACAUGAUUCCUGAAUCGAAGGAAUACGAGAGUAUGACUUUAUGGAAAGUUUCCAAAGAAACGUGGCUUCGUGGUUUCUGGUGGUUUUAUAGCUGGCCGAUACGUUUUGUACUGACGUUUUUAGUACCGAACCCGCAAACCAUGCGCCGUUGGUACCCGUUGACAUUUAUUAUGUGCAUCAUUCUCAUCGGGUGCUGUUCGUUCUUCACGUUCUGGAUGUUAUCGAUUAUCGGUUACACUUUGGGAAUACCCGACACGGUCAUGGGGUUAACGUUUUUGGCCAUGGGAGGCUGUAUGCCCGAAGCAAUUUCGGCGGUUAUUAUCAUCAGAACGGGAAGCGGUGCCAUGGGAGUUUCGAAUGCUAUGGGAGCGAAUUCGUUGGCGAUUCUGUUUUCACUGGGUCUACCCUGGUUCAUCCGUACGCUGAUCGAUGGGGCAAGCAAUACGAACGCAUACACUGUGAUCGCCUCUUACGGUAUGCAGUAUUCGAUCAUUGCUUUGCUGUUUGCCAUUGCUUGCCUCUACAUAACCGUUUAUGUGGCGAAAUUCAAACUAAGAAAGCGCGUAGGUCUGGUUUUGUUCCUGGGAUACGGUGUACUGGUGACAUUCAUGCUGCUAAACGAACUGGACGUCUUCUUCACAUCCGGCAACGAAUGUUGAUAGAAGCUAUUGGUUCACGAUCAAAUCGAAUUUAGACUAAAGGUUAAAGUUGCCUCAUUAUUUUGUUACUAGCUAAGAAGUGUUAGUUGUUAAGAAUAAAUGAUACUCGACCGUCGAACAUUCUUGGACUAAAAUCCAGUGUUAUCCAUGUGGAUUACCUCUAGGUUGCAACCCGUAAUAUAACGAUGUGAUAUUUUACAAUGAACAAGUUGAUAUUAUGUUGCUUGGAACAUAUAAAAUGUUUAUUGUACACACUCUCCGCGUAGUUCUCUAUUAGACUUAAACCUUAUAUUAUGUUUCUGCGAAAACAAUAAUUUACGUGCUGUAUAAUAAAAACGUUUGAUGAGUUGCUUAAUGUUGAUAUUAAUUACAUAC